AUGGCGAAACCACCAGCAGAGUUAACGGGCCCCUCGGAGGUCCCUGACAUCCUGACGGGAAUCAUCAUACCAAUAGUCUUCGCGAGCUUAGUGGUUAUUGGUCGCCUUUAUUCGAGGUUAAUACUAAAGAACCAAUGGUGGGAUGAUGCGUUCAUUUUGGUCGCAUGGCUAUUCGCCAUUGCGGUUGUCACCAUCGUCGGUGUCGAAACGAUUUACGGACUCGGGCAUAAGUUCAGCAAUAUCCCUCUCCAUCUACGACCCGUUGGCAUCCGAUUAUCUUAUGCGACGAUAAGCUGUUACCAAAUAAGCUUGGUCUUGACAAAAAUCAGCAUUCUAUUCUUCUACCUGCGAAUCUUGAAGUUGCCAUAUCAACGUAUUCUCAUUUUCAUCACCUUCGGCUGCGUCAUAGCGUACGGCAUCGUCUUAUUCCUUCUCACAUUCUUCCUAUGCAACCCCGUGGAGAAUCAAUACGAGUUCGAUAUUAGGGUAGGUCAAUGCUUGAAAUAUUACCCAAUCAUGACGGCGUCAGCAGCCCUACAUACAGCGACCGAUUUAUGGUUAAUCGGACUGGUGCUCCCUCACAUUCUCAAGAUGCAUCUUCCGAUACGGCAAAAGAUAGCUCUAGCAUUCGUUUUGACAUUGGGUAUAUUUGUGGCUUGCGCUUCUCUGACGCGCAUGGCUGUAGCUUGGGAAUUUCUUAACCCUAAGUACGCGCAGUGGGACUCGUUUUCGUUCGCGAUCUGGACCACACUAGAGUCGAGCUUGGGAUUAGUAUGUGCCUCGGUGCCGAUGCUCAAGCCACUAGUUAGGCAAUUGAUGGGCAUGAAGCCAUCUUCGAAGCCCGAAACCCUGAAGAAUGUCCCUCGAACUAAAGGUCCGGGUAGGGAAGAGAAUCAAUUUGACCAGUUUGUUUCCGACGCCACAACGUUAUUUACGAGGACGGGGGUUGAUGACGGAAUACAUCUACAACCGAUGAAAUCGAAUCCGGAGUCGAGGCCCCCAACAGCCGCAAUAGCAGGUACAAUACCGACGACUCCGGAAGAGAGACUUGCAAAUACUGUAUGAUACCCCUUGGUUUCGGGGAAGGCAACCGGAUGUCAUGGUUAAUGAAGCAAAAAGUAACGAAUUAUGAUUGACGAGAUGUUGGCCAUUCUAUCACAGCUCAAUAAUAAUAA